GCUCUAUCAACCAAUCACCCCGUCUCUCUCUCUUUCUCCUUACCUCUUCUCCUCCCUUCACUUCCUCCAUUUCUCUUUACCAUUUCGCUCCCACUGCAACACACUCGCGAAGGCAGAAGCUCGCUCUUCAAUGGCGCUGCCGGUGGUCGACACGGAGUACCUGAAGGAGAUCGACAAGGCCCGCCGCCACCUCCGCGCGCUCAUCGCCUACAAGAACUGCGCUCCGAUCAUGCUCCGGCUGGCGUGGCACGACGCCGGGACCUACGACGCGAGGACGAAGACCGGCGGCCCCACCGGCUCGAUCAGGAACGAGGAGGAGUACUCCCACGGCGCCAAUGCCGGCUUGAAGAUCGCUCUUGAUUUUUGCGAGGAUGUGAAGUCCAAAUGUCCGAGGAUUACAUAUGCAGAUCUAUACCAGCUAGCAGGAGUUGUCGCAGUAGAAGUCACUGGAGGUCCCACAAUUGACUUUGUUCCUGGAAGAAAGGAUUCAAGAGUUUCUCCAAAUGAAGGAAGACUUCCAGAUGCUAAUCAAGGUCCUCCACAUCUAAGGGACAUCUUUUACAGGAUGGGCCUGUCAGACAAGGACAUAGUGGCCUUAUCAGGGGCUCAUACACUGGGAAGGGCACACCCGGAAAGAUCUGGAUUUGAUGGUCCUUGGACUCAGGAACCCCUUAAGUUUGAUAAUUCCUAUUUUGUCGAGUUGUUGAAAGGGGAAUCAGAGGGGCUGCUGAAACUGCCAACUGACAAGGCAUUGCUGGAAGAUCCUGCAUUUCGCCCUUAUGUUGAGUUGUAUGCGAAGGAUGAGGAUGCAUUUUUCAGAGAUUAUGUAAUCUCGCAUAAGAAGCUCUCUGAACUGGGGUUCACGCCAAGUUCUUCAGGCAGCAAGACAGUAGCGAAUGGUGCUGUAUUGGCACAAGGUGCUGUCGGAGUGGCAGUGGCUGCAGCCGUGGUGAUCUUGAGCUACUUCUAUGAAGUGCGCAAGAAAAUGAAGUGAAUGAUGUUUUCUGAAUUCCCUUCGUACCUAGCAUAUAUUUUAGUGCUUAAUGCUGCCCGCACCAUAUAUCUUCAUCCACAAUAAUAGUCAAAGCAUUGCCGGUGCUUGGAUGGAACAAGCCAGCAAACUCUUUGAAAGUCACAAGAAAAAUCUAUGCCCAUUUUCAACACAUCUUUUGUUGCGUGA